AUGGGCGUACUGCGCCACCGCCACCGCCACCGCCACCGCCUCCAGCACCACCAUUACAUCAGGCUAUCAACUCUCAUCACAGCCUUCACUUUCCUCUUGUUCACCUCAGCCUCCUCAGCCAUAACCAGUCAAACCCAACUCGGUGGUGGGCAUCAUUCUCAUCAGCAGCAGAAGCAGAGAGAGGAAUAUCAAAUUGGGUCGUCGGCAUUGGAGCGAGUUGAGACUCAGAAGAGCCGGCUGGGUUCAUCGCCACCGAGUUGCAGAUCCAAGUGUGGAAGGUGCUCGCCUUGUAAGGCGGUCCACGUGCCCAUUCAACCAGGUGUCUCUAUACCUCUCGAGUACUAUCCUGAAGCUUGGCGCUGCAAGUGUGGCAACAAACUCUUCAUGCCUUAA